GGGCAGCAAGGAAGGCUGCUGAAGAGGCAGCUCAGGCAGGUGGAGACACCGCUGCAUCGCAAUCUGGUGCAGGCGAGGAUGCUCACCUACCUGCAACUAGGGGUGGAGGUGGUACUAAGGCUUCUUCCAACAAGAUGGGUACUAGUGCUUUUGGUAACCAUAGUAUGAAAGUUAUGGGUGUAGGGAAUUCAUCUCCAGAGUCAUCUGGAAGAGAAAGACAAGAGGAGAAAGGGACCCAGAUGAUCCCUGAGAUGAAUUCCCGAUACCUCUAAUAAAGGGUCUAGUAGUACAAAAAUUAGCGGUGGAGCUAAGAACACUACAACUAGCAAACAACAAAUGCGUGAACAAGCAGCAUCACGACGCCCUCAGCGUAAGCGCAAGGAUUCUUCCGACGAAGAGGAUGCACAGCAGAAUCUAGAGGCGAUCGAGGAAGAAGAGGAAGAAGAAGAUGAGCAGGAAGAAGAGAAGAGAAGACCUACUCGUGUGGAGAAAAAAGCUGCGACACGAGGAGCACCCCCUGCUAAGGUGGUUAAGCGAGUUUUCAACAACAAACGAGCUCUACCCGGAGCUACUGGAUCAGGUGGCACUUCACAUAAAACCAAGCAAGCCGUUGACGACGAAGACGCCGAGGACUCGGAAGAUGAUGAGGCUGAGCAACAGCAGGUAGCCCGACCUGCGAAGCUGCAGAAAACGAACCGAAGUCAACCUUCAGCUAAGCUGCAGAAGCAAGCGCAACAAGCAGCGAAAAAGCUUCAACAACACACUUCGAAACAAGCCCAGUCUGCUGCUACUUCUGCAAGGGAAAAGCACAAUACUUCGAAGCAUGCGCCAGAAGUAGCAGAAGUAGAUGCUGAAGAAGAAGAGGACUCGUCGUCAUCCGAGCAGGAAGGGAGCUCAUCGUCUUCUUCCGGCGACGAGAAGCAACGAGCACGCACUAAGAACAACAAGGUUGCUGGUAGUAAGCAGAGUAUCGCCACCACUUCUAGUAAAGGACCACAGGGAGCUUUAUCUAAGGACCAAGCUGGAGGUGGAGCAGCGACGACAACUUCAUCAUCUAGUCAUCAGCAUCAGGGAGAAAUGGGUAAGCAGGCGAAGAACAAUGGACGGACACGAGGAGGUGCUGGAGGUGGUGAGGAAGGAAACGACCGGCAGCAACAGCAUGGCACAACUGCUGCUGACGACCACCACCAGCAGAGGGACAACAAGACUACUUCUACCCACCACCAGCCCAACCAGAUCGCCUUACAGCCUGGUGAAGCUUACAACCUACAAGGGACGAAAUUGUACUUGAACAUCAAGGACUUCUUUCUCUACAAUCAGGAGAAACUAUUGGAGAUCCCCCUGGACAAGAUCAAUCAACCUGGUGUUGUUUUUACGAUAUUUGAGACUGCGGCUUCGGCAGCUGGAGGUGGUGGUGUAGCACAUGGAGGAGGUGGGAAUCAGGCUGCUCAAGAUCAUCCAAAUUCUGGUGAUCCAAAUUCUGGUGCUGCACCAGGAGCUCACGCUGGUUCUUCCGGUGGAGGAGGAAGUACAAACACUACAACCACAUCCUCGAGUACAGCACAACAGCAUCAGCAAGCACAACAGCAAGCGCAAAAUCAGCUUAAAAAUGGACAUCAGCAACAGCAGGGACAAAAACAACAGACGACAAGCAACGCUGGAGCAGUUGGUAAGAAAGCGGAGAACAGUUCCAGGACUGCCAACACAGCAUCUGCUCAUGGCAGUGCGAAGGACGGACGUCUCCCUGCUGGUACCACUCCCAGACACGCGAAUAAACAAGCAGCGUCGUCUGGUACUGCCAAGGGGGCGGAUAGCAGUACUACAAAUGCGACGAGAACUACUGCGGGUUCUAACAAGCAGGAUAGUGCCACGACUAGAAAUUCAAAUUUGACUAGGAAAGAUCAAGAACAGGAGAAGAACGCCAGCAGUACUAACGUCAAUUAUACUACUUCUACGCGGACAAGUAACAGAGGAGCCACUGCCGGUCCGACGAAGCAGCAAAGCAGCACUGCUGAAGCAAACAGGCACAGGGGUUCAGCUUCGAAUGAUAACAAAGGUGAACAACCAGCUAGGGGAAAAGCAAAUGCAAAUGACACCACCACAAGAGCUGAGACCACUAGAGACCGUCCUCGCAUACUGCCUAGAAUAACAAGGGUGCACAACACUACCACAGCUCCUGCUAGCUAUACAGCACCUCCGUCAACUAGGAAUACCACUGCAACUACUCCGAGAAGCCCACCUGUGAAAGAGAAGGAGCAACCUACUGAGUGGCGAGGCAGCAAGCCAAUGCCCCAGCAAAGGGAUGAAGACGAUAGCGAAGAAGAUGGGGGCGAAGAGGACGAAGACGAGAGUCACCAAGAAGAUAACGAAGAUGGAGAAGAAGAUCCGGCAGAUGAACAAGGUGAUCGUGAGCGCAGAGGAAAAGGCCGGGAAGAUGCCGACGAGAAGCACGACCGCGAUGAAGCAGAGGGAGAAGAAAGCGAAGAGGAGCAACAAUAAGGCUACAAGAAAUCAUCUCCCAUUUUCAAAAGCAUCUUGGUCCCGCUUUUCAAGGGAAAAGGAGGACCAGGAUGCUUCUGCGGAUGGAUUUCCCUUACUUCUAACAGCAACAGCCAUCCUCGAAGCGUCGUCGCACAGCGGCAGACACUCCCGUAGACUCUGAGCUGUCAGAAAGCGAAUCUCUCAGACAAGAGCAUGCAGCCGAAGAAGAUCUUCGUGCUGGCGACCGUAUUGCGAGUGAUCGAGAAAAAGCUGGUGCUGAGCGGAGAACUGGAGGUCAAGCAGGUCAAGAACAAGCUUCGGAUAAUAAGAUUAGUCGAACUAGAGAACAAGAAGCGAACACUUCUUCUAGAAACAAUACGACUACUAAGGAGCAGACGGAACGGGAACCGAAGGACAACAAUAAUAAACCAAGUACAACAAUUUCCACUUACAAAUACAAUACCAAUGCCUUCAGUGGUAAAAUAGCAUCAACAGCUGCGAUUACGAAAAAUCAUAGUACUCUGCAGAAAGAACUGCGUGAGCGUGAUAAUGACAGAGCUAAAAUCUCCGGUCAAGCAAGUGGAAAUGGAAUAUUACCAGGCCGUUUAGUAGAAAAGAAGCCAGAGCUUACUCGCCGUCGUAGCAAUUCCAGAUCUAAGUCACGCGUUGGCGUAGUCCUGAAAAGAGGCCAACAAAGUACACGCUACAGUCCACCUCGACGUGGAGGAGGUGGGAAUAUCAAUUCUGGCCGUGGCGGCGGCGGUUAUCAUAGGAAAGACGACUAUCGUGGAGGUGGUCGUGAUCAUGGUGGAGGUGGAUACAACCGUGGACGAAAUAAUUAUUAAGGGUAGGGUAAAGGUGCUUUUCUCACCGCUUUUUAUGCCUCUCCUAAGGGAGAAAGGCAUAAAAAGCGGGGUAAGCAAGCACCAAAAACCUACCUCUAAAAUUAUCGGCGGUGAAGAAGGAAAAUCUACAUACAUGAUCUGAGCUGUCGUUGUACGAUAGUAAAAGAAAAAUUUAAUGACUACCUCGCUACCCCUAUCACUUGUGUUGAGUUUGAAAACAUGGCAUCUUCUAAAAAUCCAAUCCAUAAAUAUUAGAGACCCAAACUUCUUCAGAUCUUUGAUUGUCAUCGUCAUGCUCAUAGUAUUCUAAAAAAAGCUUCUUGCGAUACCGAUCAAGAUUAUAUAUAGUCGUGUAGAUGCUUGUCAUUAUAACAUUAAGUAGCAGUUGUCCCUCUCCUUGUAGUCGUCAUCUACCUAGAAGAACUACAAUGACAAAGACAAUUUCUACUCCCUCACGACAGAGCGACCCCUUCCACCGCAACGAAUUUGUAAGACGAGGACCUCGAUACUGAAAGUGAAACGCUCCUCACGCAGGCCUCAACAUAGAAUUUCGUGGAUUGUUGUCUCCUCUGCCCAAGAGGCCCUUUCCCUGACAGCACUUUUCAAAUCUCAGAGAAUGUCGAUGUCCCCUUGAAUAUCAUGACGGACCUUACAGAACCUAAGAAAAGGUCCACUCCUGCUUGCAGUAUCUGAGGAACACUAGAGAUGAUCAUGAACAUAAAGCAAGAAGCUCAGUGUAUAGUCCGUCCCUUAAUUAAGUAGUUUAUGAACAACAAGAGAAUCUUCUAGUAUGAAAAUGAG